AUGGCCAUGAAAAAUCAUUAUAUCCCUGAUUCAUUUCAAAGAGCAUCCAAUAUUAGAGUCCCAUUAGCACCCACUAUUAAAUUCGAAAUAAAUCCAGGAAUUUUUCAAAUGCUCCCUAAUUUUCAUGGAUUGCCUUUAGAGGAACCUCAUCAGCACUUGGAAAAAUUUCAUAUGGUCUGUGAUUUAGUUAAUCUCUCUCAAGUUACACCGGAAAUUAUUAAGAUGAAAUUAUUCCCUCAUACACUUAGGGACAAAGCUAGUCAUUGGCUAUCCACAUUAGAUAGAGAAUUAACUAGGUGGAAAGAUAUAGAACAGGCCUUUCUUCGAAAAUUUUAUCCCUUAGGAAAAACUCAAAAUAUGAGAAAACAUAUAUGGAGUUUUUAUCAAAGACCAGGAGAAACUUUGCAUGAGACAUGGGAAAAAUUUAAAGAUUUACUUAGAAAGUGUCCUCAUCAUGCUAUACCCAAGUGGCAGCUCAAUAGAAUUUUUUAUGAUGGAUUAUUAGAACAACAUAGAAAUAUGGUUGAUUCUAUAUGUGGAGGAGCUUUUAUGGAGAAAACUCCUGAUGAGAUUUACAGUCUUUAUGAGAAUUUAAGUGAAAAUUCUAGAGAUCAAGCCUCUUUUGAAUUAUAUGACAGGGAUAAGAAGAGAAGAAUUUAUGAAUUGCAUCAUGAUGAUGAUUCUAAACUUAGAAAUGAGGUUAAUCAGAUUAAUCAAAGAUUAGAAAAAAUUGAUUUACUUAUUGACAAUAUUAGAAAGCCUUUUAACCCUCAACUUAAUUCGAAUAGUACAUGUCCUAUGUAUGGUGAAAACGAUUAUUCUGAAUUUCAAUGUUAUAAUUUAGAUCAAUCAUUUCACCCUAUGCAAGAACAAGUGCAAGUGGCUCACGGUUUUAAUAGAAACAGGGAACCUUUUUCAAAUUCUUAUAAUCCUAAUUGGAGGAAUAGUUUUUCAUGGAGAGACCCAAAUAAUAUUCAAAAUCCAGAAGCACUUAGACCCAAUUCAAACUCUGAAUUUCGUCCAAAACAAGAAAACAGAUUUCAGAAAAAUCAGUCCUCUCAAAUCCAACCUGAUGCUAUGGAAAUGAUGCAGCAAAUGAGCCAAAUGAUGCAACAAACUAUGAACCAAAUGAUGCUGCACCAGAAACAAAUUAUAGAGGCUCUUGGGAAUAAGAGAGAAGAGGGACAGCUACCUAGUCAGCCCAUAGAAAAUCCAGGGAACCGCCCAACAAUAGGAUUUCAGCAUGAAUCUAGGAAAAAACCCACGAAAUGAAAAUGUUAGGACAGUGAAUGCAUUAAGGAGUGGUAAGAUCUUAGCUGAUCCUUAUCCCCAAACAUUAGAAGAAAAAGAAAACGUGGACAACCCAAAACAAAAUCAAAUAGGAGUAGAAGAGGAUUUUAUAGAUUCUACCAAGGAAAUUUCGAAAGAGAGGACAACCAUUCCAUUUCCUAAAGCUCUAGAGCCUAGACAAAGAAAGAAAAAGGAACACAAUGAAGAAAUAAAGAAAAUUUUACAAGAUGUGCAAAUUAGUCUUCUUUUACUUACUGCCAUUGAACAUAUUCCUGAAUAUGCUAGAGUUUUGAAAGAAAUGUGUACACCAAAAAGGGCACCUAGAGUAGAAAAAUUAUCUAUGCAUGCUAGUGCAUUAUUAUUAAAUCAAUUACCAUAUAAAUUGAGAGAUACAGGUGCCCCUUUGAUUUCGUGUGAUAUUGAUGGAUUCAUUUUUCAGAAUGCAUUACUUGACACCGGUGCUAGCAUUAAUUUAUUACCUGCAAGUAUUUGUGAUAAAUUUAAUAUUUCUCAUCUUAAACUUUCUACUGUUACCUUACAAUUUGCUGAUAGAUCCAUAAAACAUCCUAAAGGUAUUUUAGAAAAUGUGAUAGUGACAGUUAAAGGGUGUAAAUUUCCAGCUGAUUUCAUAGUACUGAAAAUGGAUUUUAAUGGACAGUUUUAUGAUACACCAAUCAUCUUAGGGAGACCAUUUUUGCAUACAGAAAAGAUGAAUAUUGAUUUUCUCACAGGUAUUGCGAAAAUUUCAUGUGGAGAUCAAUCAGUAGAAAUUAAAAUUUUUGAGAUAUCAAAUGAUAUUAAGAAAUCCCAAGUAUAUGAUUGUCAUACCAUAGAUCUUCUAGAUGAUUUUGAUGAUCCAGAUGUUAUUGAUGACUGUGUGCUGAAAGAAUUAGAGGAAAUAGAGAAUAUAAAUUUAGAAGAAAAGAAAGAGGAAGAUCAUCUGAAUUUAGAGUUGAAACCUCUUCCCUCUAGUUUAAAAUAUAUGUUUUUGGAGGAAAAUAAUUCAUUUCCUGUUAUUAUUGCAGCUGAUUUGAGUGAUGAACAGGAAGAAGAAUUAUUAGAUGUACUUCGAAAAAAUAAGAAAGCUAUGGGCUGGAAAAUGGACGAUCUAAGGGGCAUUGAUAUGAGUGUAUGCAUGUAUAGUAUAUAUUUAGAGGAGGGGGCUAGAACUAGUAGGGAACCACAACGAAGAUUAAAUCCUAACAUGAUGGAAAUUGUAAAAAAGGAAAUUUUAAAGUGGCUGGCUGCUGAUAUUAUUUAUCCUAUUUCAGAUAGCAAAUGGGUUAGUCCUACACAAGUAGUGCCAAAAAAAUCAGGGAUUACGGUUAUAAAAAACGAAAAUGGGGAUGAAAUACAAACAAGACUAACUACCGGUUGGAGAGUUUGCAUUGAUUAUAGAAAAUUAAAUUCAGUUACUAGAAAAGAUCAUUUUCCCCUACCAUUUACUAAUCAAAUUCUAGAAAAAUUAGUUGGAAAAAACUUUUUUUGUUUUCUAGAUGGAUACUCUGGUUAUAAUCAAAUUUAUAUAAACCCUUUAGAUCAAGAAAAAACAACUUUCACUUGUCCAUUUGGUACUUUUGCUUUUAAAUGCAUGCCUUUUGGUCUGUGUAAUGCUCCAGCCACAUUUCAAAGAUGUAUGCUGUCUAUUUUUUCUGAUAUGAUUGGAAAAUGCAUGGAAAUUUUUAUGGACGAUUUUUCUGUUUUUGGCGAAUCAUUUGAUGAAUGCUUAAAUCAUUUACAGCAUGUACUUGAGAAAUGCAUAGAGAAAAAAAUUAGUUUUGAGUUGGGAGAAAUCACAUUUUAUGGUUAA